AUGGGUAUUCCGAUACCAGUUCCAUUGCCAUUACCUGUUAGACCUGGACAAAUAAUUAUGCCAAAUGGACCUCAGAAAGGACCACACGGACCACCAUUUCAAGGACCACAACCUGUAUAUCCCGGUGCUCAAGGAAAACACGGAGGUUUCCCUAUUGAAAGUAAUUAUGUAGAAUAUGGACCAGAAAUGCAUGGCCCACAACAACAACCACAGCCACAGCCACAACAACCACAACCUCAACAAACGCAACAAUUUUCAGUAGGUCCACCAGCACCUCAAGGAAAUGACCCCUGGCCUUUACCACUUCCAGAAAUGCCUAAAAUAGUUCAUUUGGAUGUUAAAUGCGAGAAAAAUUUGAUGAAAGUUGCCAUAGAGUUUGAUAAGCCAUUCAAUGGUAUUAUAUUUAGUAAAGGACACUAUAGUUAUGGCAGUUGUAUUCAUUUACCGGCCGGUUCGGGCAGAAGUAGUGUCUUCUUUGAUGUCGGUAUUAAUAGUUGUGGUACUACUGGUAACACCCAAAAUGGACUCUAUGGGUACGGUUCACAAAGUGGUAGCGGAAGCUUCUUUGAAAACACUAUUGUUAUUCAAUAUGACCCACAAGUUCAAGAAGUAUGGGAUCAGGCGAGGAAGUUAAGGUGCACGUGGCACGACCAGUAUGAAAAGGCAGUCACUUUUAGACCAUUCCCUGUCGAUAUGCUUGAUGUUGUUAGAGCUGACUUUGCUGGUGAUAACGUGGGAUGUUGGAUGCAAAUUCAAGUUGGAAAGGGACCAUGGGCCAGUGAGGUGGCAGGCAUUGUCAAAAUUGGACAAACCAUGACAAUGGUGUUAGCCAUUAAAGAUGAUGAAAACAAGUUUGAUAUGUUGGUUCGUAAUUGUAUAGCUCAUGACGGCAAAAGAGCACCAAUUGAAUUAGUGGACAGUCAGGGAUGUAUAGUUAGACCAAAACUAAUGAGCAAAUUCACGAAAAUCAAAAAUUUUGGUUCGAGUGCUAGUGUUUUGUCGUAUACCCACUUCCAGGCAUUUAAAUUCCCCGAUAGUAUGGAAGUGCACUUUCAGUGUACGAUACAGAUCUGUCGGUUCCAAUGUCCAGAGCAAUGUAGUCAACACCAGAGUCCUCCCGCAGACAUUGUUAACCUAUAUAGCGGUUCCGGUCAAAACAAUUUUCAUUCAAUUGGAAAACCUAGAGAAGAACGUGAUGUCGAUCGACAUAUAAUUGCCAGCACUUCAUAUAAACACGACUCAACACAAGUGGGUCUCAACCGUAUAAUACAAGUGGUUUCAGCCGGAGAUCUAUCGUUUGCUUUACACAAUGAAUCACUUCCUUUGAUGUCUCAAAGUGCAGAUGAAAGUGAUGUCAUUUGUAUGUCUUUGGUUGGCUUCACUUCAGCACUUGUUAUCUUAAUUGUUAUUCUUCUUAUUUCUUGCCUGUUCUCAGUGUUUCUCUGUUUAAGACAGAGAUCGUUAGAAACAAGUAGCAAAUUGACAUCCCUGUCCACACCUCCCUCUCUUACUUAUGAUAUGAGAACAUAUGCCAAACGCCAACAUCCAUCACACGUACAAAUGUCUAAACAUGAUUUGACUCAAAUCAAGCGUUUGAGAAAAGAGCUAUUGUCUAGUCGUUCAUAUGAUAAGUGGAGUCGACCCGUCAAACAACACCAAACACCCACUUGGCUUCAAAUGUCUAUAUCUGUCACCCAUUUGACCGAUUUGGAUAUAUCAAGACAUGUAUUGAUAGCCGAGGCUUGGAUUCGUUUGGUUUGGAUUGACGAACACUUGACUUGGAAUCCUAAUGAUUAUCAAGGAUUAAAUGAAUUGCAUUUUGAUUGCAAUGAAUUGUGGAAACCAGAUAUCCUUUUGUGGAAUAGCGCCGACCAUUUAAACUUAGAUGAAGUCCUAUCUCCUGUACAUAUAAUAGUGAACUCAAAUGGCACUGCUGUAUGGACACCCGCAGGAUCUUUACGGACGUCAUGUACUGUCGAUUUGACUGAUUAUCCGAAUGACAUUCAGGAAUGUGGUCUAUAUUUCGGUUCGUGGACUCAUAAUCAACAACAAAUCAAUAUAACAACAUUGGGCAAUCAAUUUUUAAGUGGAAACACAUGGUAUACAAAUCCUGAGUGGGAAAUCAUUGACUUUAAAACAACAAGAAAUAACUACGAAUAUGCUGGUUAUGGUGUAUACACAACAUUGAACCUAACAUUAAAGCUUAAAAGAAACACAUCGUAUUAUUAUUAUAUAAUAACUUUACCUUCAAUAGCAUCGAUGACAUUGAUUUUGGCCAUAUUUUGGUUACCCUCUCAUAGCACUGUUCGUUAUACUUUAGGUUCAAUAAGUUUUUUUAUAAGCCUAACAACACUUUUUUAUUUGGCUUUACAGUUAGGAACGGCUACUUUAGGAGUUCCUUAUGCAACAUUGCAUUAA